CCCAGAGUUCCCCACCAUCACUCCUCCCAUUCCUUCCAACUUUAUUUUUAGCUACCAGUGGGAGGGGGCAGGAUGAGAGGGAGAGUAAAGAAAACAGAAGAGGAGAGGGACACAGGCACAGAGGACUUCUCACCCGGACAGAGAACAACCAGGCAUGGAGCUCCUCACCCCUCACCUGUUCUUACCCCUGAUGUUCCUGACAGGUGAGGGAGGUCUCUGCUCCCCCUUUAACCUGGAUGUGCAUCGCCCACGACUAUUCCCAGGGCCACGGGAGGCUGAAUUUGGAUACAGCGUCUUACAAUAUGUUGGGGGUGGACAACGAUGGAUGCUGGUGGGCGCCCCCUGGGAUGGGCCUUCAGGUGACCGAAGGGGGGAUGUUUAUCGCUGUCCUGUAGGGGGAUCCCACAGUGCCCCAUGCAUCAAGGGCCACUUGGGUGACUAUCCACUGGGAAAUUCAUCUCACUCUGCUGUGAAUAUGCACCUGGGGAUGUCUCUACUAGAGACAGAUGGUGAUGGGGGAUUCAUGGCUUGUGCCCCUCUCUGGUCUCGUGCUUGUGGCUCCUCUGUCUUCAGUUCUGGGAUAUGUACCCAUGUAGGUGCUUCAUUCCAGCCUCAAGGAAGUCUGGCACCCACCACACAACGCUGCCCCACAUACAUGGACGUUGUCAUUGUCUUGGAUGGCUCCAACAGCAUUUACCCCUGGUCUGAAGUUCAGACUUUCCUACGAAGACUAGUAGGAAGGCUGUUUAUUGACCCAGAGCAGAUACAGGUGGGACUGGUACAGUAUGGGGAGAGCCCUGUACAUGAGUGGUCCCUGGGAGAUUUCCGAACCAAGGAAGAAGUGAUGAGGGCAGCAAGGAACCUGAGUCGGCGGGAGGGACGAGAAACAAGGACUGCCCAAGCAAUCACAGUGGCCUGCACAGAAGGAUUUAGUCAAUCCCAUGGAGGCCGACCAGAGGCUGCCAGGUUACUGGUGGUUGUCACUGAUGGAGAAUCACAUGAUGGAGAGGAGCUUCCCACAGCACUAAAGGCCUGUGAAGCUGGAAGAGUGACACGCUAUGGGAUUGCAGUCCUUGGUCACUAUCUCCGGCGGCAGCGAGACCCUAGCUCUUUCCUGCGGGAAAUCAGAGCUAUUGCUAGUGAUCCAGAUGAGAGAUUCUUCUUCAAUGUCACAGAUGAAGCUGCAUUGACUGAUAUUGUGGACGCACUAGGAGACAGGAUUUUUGGCCUCGAGGGAUCCCAUGGAGAAAAUGAGAGCUCCUUUGGACUGGAAAUGUCUCAGAUUGGUUUUUCUACACAUCGACUAAAGGAUGGGAUUCUCUUUGGGAUGGUAGGGGCCUAUGACUGGGGUGGCUCAGUGUUAUGGCUUGAAAAAGGUCACCGCCUCUUCCCCCAACGGACGGCCCUGGAAGAUGAAUUCCCCCCUGAAUUGCAGAACCAUGCAGCCUACCUGGGUUACUCGGUUUCCUCCAUGCUUUUGCGGGGUGGACGCUGCCUCUUUCUCUCAGGCGCUCCUCGGUUUAGACAUCGAGGAAAGGUCAUCGCCUUCCAGCUUAAGAAAGAUGGAGCUGUGAGGGUCACCCAGAGCCUCCAGGGGGAGCAGAUUGGCUCAUACUUUGGCAGUGAACUUUGCCCAUUGGAUAUGGAUGGGGAUGGAACAACCGAUGUCUUACUUGUGGCUGCCCCCAUGUUCCUGGGACCCCAGAAUAAGGAAACAGGACGUGUUUAUGUGUAUUUGGUGAGCCAGUCCUUGCUGAUACUCCAGGGAACACUUCAGCCAGAACCUCCCCAGGAUGCUCGGUUUGGCUUUGCCAUGGGAGCCCUUCCUGAUCUGAACCAAGACGGUUUUGCUGAUGUGGCUGUGGGGGCACCCCUGGAGGACAUGCACCGUGGAGCGCUGUACCUGUAUCAUGGGACCCAGAGUGGAGUCAAGCCCCAUCCUGCCCAGCGGAUUGCUGCAGUUUCCAUGCCACAGGCCCUCAGCUACUUUGGCCGAAGUGUGGAUGGCCGGCUCGAUCUGGAUGGAGAUGACCUGGUGGAUGUGGCUGUGGGUGCCCAGGGAGCAGCCAUCCUGCUCAGCUCCCGGCCCAUUGUCCACCUGGCCCCUUCACUGGAUGUGACCCCUUCGGCCAUCAGUGUGGUUCAGAGCGACUGCAGGCGGCGAGGCCAGGAGGCAGCCUGCCUAUCUGCAGCCCUUUGCUUCCAAGUGACCUCCCACACUCCUGGCCACUGGGAUCGCAGAUUCUAUAUGCAGUUCACAGCAUCACUGGAUGAGCGGACAGCUGGGGCACGUGCAGCAUUUGAUGGCUCUGGCCAGAGGCUGUCCCCUCGGAGGCUCCAGCUUAGUGUGGGGAAUGUCACUUGCAAGCAGCUGCACUUCCAUGUGCUGGAUAUGUCAGAUUACCUCCGACCAGUGGCCUUGACUGUGACCUUUGCGUUGGACGACACCACAAAGCCAGGGCCUGUGCUGAGUGAGGGCUCGUCCACCUCCAUACGGAAGCUGGUCCCCUUCUCGAAAGACUGUGGCCCUGACAAUGAAUGUGUCACAGACCUGGUGCUUCAAGCUGACAUGGACAUCAGAGGCUCCAGGAAGCACCCAUUCGUGGUUCGAGGCAGUCGGCGCAAAGUGCUGGUGUCAGGAACUCUGGAGAACAGGAAAGAAAAUGCCUACAACACCAGCCUGCUCCUCAGCUUCUCCAGAAACCUCCACCUGGCCAGCUUCACUCACCAGAGGGACAGUCCAGUGAAGGUGGAAUGUGCAGCCCCUUCCCCUCAUGCCCGGUUUUGCAGUGUGGGGCACCCUGUCUUUCAGACUGGAGCCAAGGUGACCUUUCUGCUAGAGUUUGAGUUUAGCUGCUCCUCUCUCCUGAGCCAGGUCCUUGUCAGGCUGACUGCCACCAGCAAUAGUCUGGAGAGAAAUGGGACCCUUCAAGAUAACACAAUCCAGACCUCAGCCUUCAUCCAAUAUGAACCUCACCUCCUGUUCUCUAGUGAGUCCACUUUGCAUCGUUAUGAGGUUCACCCAUAUGAGACUCUCCCAGUGGGCCCUGAAUUCAAAACCACUCUUAGGGUUCAGAACCUAGGCUGCUAUGUGGUCGGUGGCCUCAUCAUCUCAGCUCUCCUUCCAGCUGUGGCCCAUGGGGACAAUUACUUCCUGUCACUGUCUCAAGUCAUUACUAAUAAUGCAAGCUGCAUAGUACAGAACCUGACCGAGCCCCCGGGGCUCCCUGUGCAUCCAGAGGAGCUUCAGAACAUAAGCAGACUGAAUGGGAGCAAUACUUGGUGUCAGGUAGUGAGGUGCCACCUUGAGCAACUGGCAAAGGGGACUGAGGUCUCUGUUGGACUACUGAGGCUGGUUCACAAUGAAUUUUUCCGGAGGGCCAAAUUCAAGUCUUUGACAGUGGUCAGCACCUUUGAGCUGGGAACUGAGGAGGGCAGUGUCCUACAGCUGCCUGAACCCUUUUCUUGGAGUGAGAGCCUCUUGGAGGUGAUUCAGACCCACCCGGCCCUCAUUUCCCUGUGGAUCCUCAUUGGCAGUGUCCUGGGAGGGCUGCUCCUGUUUGCUCUCCUUGUCUUCUGCCUUUGGAAGCUUGGCUUCUUUGCCCGCAAGAAAAUCCCUGAGGAAGAAAAAAGGGAAGAAAAAUUGGAGUAAUGAAUGUAGAAUAAAGCCCAGAAAGUCUUUCCUGGAAGCUUCUCCAAAAGACUUGCAUAAGAGUGGAGGUUUGGGGGCUCAGGUGGGAUAAGAAGAAGCCUCUGGACUAUUUCCCCAGACCUGCAACCUGACUUGACUUUUAAAGUCAUGAGGAUGCUGCUAGUGGGAUAUGAGGCCUUACCUCAGACAAGGUCUGGCACCAAGACUAGGAACAGUCCCACCCUGUGUGCUUCCCCCCUCAUAAUUCUAGUUCCAUAGCCAACAUUAGGGCUUUGGUUUGGGGCCUUUUUUCCCUAUCUUCCAGGAAUCAAAAAUUUUUUGCCUAGGCCUCUGACUCCUUUCAGAUUCCCUUUACAUCCUCCUUCACAGUUUGGAAAGCAUGAGGGUUAUCUUCCUCCAUUUGUUGCCUCUCACCUUCCUGUCUGCUCCUUGCUUCAUAGAAGGGAGCUGACGUUGGCUCAAAAGGAGUAAAGUCAACAUCUGCUGCUUUCCUGUGGAGUCUGGUGAUUCAGAGAGCAGGAUGGGGAGAGUCAACAGGAAAAACGGAGGGAGGAGGAAAAGCCACAAGAGACAUUCUGUACAAUUCCAAGGAACAGAGAAGCCUUUAGACAGGCAACUGCCAUCCCGCUGAAACCUGAGAUUUCGUGGUACACUCGCCCGCCCUCAGGUGUUGGUGAAACAGAGCCACCCCAGGCCUGCUGAGCUAGGAUUUCCCAGCUCCAGCCUUCCCUGGGAGCAGAGCCAGGGCCUAGUGCCCGAUUCUCUGGAGCCAGGGGCCCUCACGUGGCUAGAGCUGGAAUAGCAGAGACGACUGGCUACCCGGGGCAGUGUUUUCUCCCCAGGGCUCACACACUCUUGAGCCCUUCUUACAAGAAAACUAGAUAGAAGGGAGGGGAUUGCUGCUUGACCCUGGGAAACCCUUUCACCUUACCAGCUUUGGGAAGCAGCAGCCCCACAGGGUCUGAAUGAGAGGGGUGUGCAUUAAGGAAGAAGCUUAAGUGGGUGGCAGGAGGUCUCUGGGGAGCAAGCCAUUACUUGCUCAGCACUGACUUUGUAGCACAAAUAGCUUCUAAGAAAAUGUUUCUGGGGCAAAUGCAAUCAUACCUUAUAGGGGUUCUUUGGUGGAAUCAGUUUUCCAGCCCUUGCCUAAUUUUUUGGACAUUUUUUGCCCGAUGUUUACUGGACAGUCCCAAGUUAAUUUCUAUCUCUGGAUCACCAUUCCCCUUCCCCGCUGUCCCCAUUCCCCCACUAUUUGGUUAUGGCCAGUAAAGAGAAUUGGAUUCUCAUCAACAA